UUCCGGUCCCCUGCCCGAAAACCUACUACUCUUUCUUGUCUUCUAUUCCUCGCCACCUGUUCUUUCCUCUUAUCUAAUUGAAACAAGAUCUAGGGUUUAGAGACCGGGGGGAGGGGCGACUAGGGUGCAUCUGGAGCUCGGAUUCCUCCGACGGUUUAUCUAAACCCACGUCUUUGCUAGUGAACUCGAGGUGAUUGGAGCUCCGCACCGGCGGCAUCUCCAGAAAGCUAAGUUCUCUCAUCCUCCCCCCUGCAGAAAAUUGAUGUCAUUCGAAGCUUCGUUGAAUAUGAUGUAGCUUUGGCAUACAUUUGCAUCCAAGAGGAACGUAGCGAUAUUUCCUUUUGUUGGGAAGUGGGGGUUGGGUUUUGGGUUCCGGAAGUUGAAGAAAUUUGUCUUGUCUUGGAGAGGUUCUGGUUACAGACAAGGAAUUUGAGAGAAGUUGGAAGCUUUUGUUUUCCACGAGUUGGAAGAUAAGAUUUCCUGUGCUUUUCCCUUGGAACGUCUGCAAACUCUCAGAAUCGAGCAGAACGAGUUGCAUUUUACCAACAUCUGUACACACACAAAAAAAAAAAAAGAAGCAACCUUUAGUCAUAUUUGGCCUGUGUUUUAUGAACCUUACUGGUAAGCUCAUCUGACGGAAUCUGCUAGCUCUUUUUGCUACCUAAUUGGUAUCGAUUUGACAGAUUAAUCAGCAGGAUGAGUGAGGUCGGGGACACCGGUGGGAUGGUGGAAAGCAGUGAAUCGGAGAAGGAAAUCACAGAGAUUUCUGAAGUUGAGCAAAUGAAUGCAGCUGAAGAGGAGGAACUCACACCUCUAAUUGAUAACCCUUUGGUCGAGAAUGACUCUGGGCUGCAAGCAGAAGUUCUUCCUGAAUUUUCUCAAGAGCUUGUUUCAUCUGAACCGACCGGUGGAAAUGAUGAGAUACCACAAAUAUCAGAAGCCAACAAUGCUGAUCCUGCUACAAUGACUCGGGUGGAAGAUGCCCCUGAUCUUGUUGCUGCUUCCGAUGCCAAUAUUGGAGAGAACUCAGAGAAGACUGAGGUGAAAAAUGAACAACUUGAAAAUGGGAGCUCUUUUAUGGUGACAGAUAAGAAGGAAGAUAUUUCUGAAGAACAUCAAGCUACGGAGGCCUCAGUGAAGCAAGAAAGGGGGAACGAAGAGUACCAAGGCGGCGUUAUAGAGGGUUCUAACCAGUCUUCUGAUUUUGACUCUUUCUUGGAUGGUUAUGAUUCUGGUACGGAGGAACAACAAUCUGCUUUCAUGAAAGAACUUGAUAACUUCUACAAAGAGAGAAGCAUGGAAUUUAAGCCACCUAAGUUCUAUGGUGAAGGGCUGAACUGCCUCAAGUUAUGGAGGCAAGUGACAAAGUUGGGUGGUUAUGACAAGGUGACAUCAUGCAAACUUUGGCGACAGGUGGGAGAAUCUUUCAAACCUCCAAAGACUUGUACGACAGUGUCUUGGACAUUUCGGAUUUUCUAUGAGAAGGCACUUCUUGAGUAUGAAAAACAUAAGAUUCGUACUGGAGAGCUCCAAGUACCAACUUCUUCGCUUGCAGAGCCUAUUAUUUCUGAACAUCAGGCAAGUGGAAAUCAGUCAUCUGUCUCAGGUAGAGCUAGAAGAGACGCUGCAGCACGUGCUAUGCAGGGUUGGCACUCUCAGCGCUUGCUUGGUAAUGGUGAGGUUGGAGACCCAAUUAUUAAGGACAAGAGCUCGUUCCAGUUGAUAAAGCGUGAUAAGCAUCUUAAAAGCAUAGGUGGAUUAAAGAGGAAAAAGCCAUCUGGUCUCGACCGUGCUGUCAAAUUUGCACGCACUAAAGUCAUUAAGUCACAAGACGACUCGAUGGUUUUUGAUGUUGGGACUCCUGCUGAUUGGGUGAAGAUCAAUGUGCGGCAAACAAAGGAUUGUUUUGAAGUCUAUGCUUUAGUUCCUGGGCUUCUACGUGAAGAGGUGCAUGUGCAAUCUGAUCCUGCUGGUCGAUUGGUUAUAUCUGGCGAACCGGAGCAGCCUGAUAAUCCGUGGGGCGUCACUCCCUUUAAAAAGGUUAUCACCUUGCCUUUGCGGAUUGAUCCUCAUCAAACUUCGGCGGUGGUGACCCUGCAUGGCCAACUGUUUGUCCGUGUGCCAUUUGAACACUCAGAUAUUUAGGGCUUAUAUUUUGCCGAGACAACUGAGGUGCUGUUUGUGUCGGAGCAAUGCUUCAGUGAACCUGCUGGAUUCUACGUUCCUUUUCGACUCAAACAAAUGCCUCGGAAAACAUCUGAUCUGAUUUAGGACACUGUCCGUAAGUCAGGAGUACUAAUGUAGGGGAAGAAUGUUGAUCGAGUAGAUUGUUGUUUUGAUAGCAAAGACUCAGUUUUAUGUAUUAGUUUGUAAAAGUAGAUGAUGUUGGCUUCAGCUCAUCUAUAUAAAUGAUUUCAAACCCAUGGUUCCAUGUGCAUAGCUGGACGUAUUAACCAUCUUUAUUAGUCUGAUGAGUAAAUAUGGUCAGUCUACCUUUGUGUA